AUGGAGCGCGUGGCGCCUGCCGAGGGGCUGGCGGCUUCCCUGCUGAAGGACGGCUUCCCCCCGUCGCCCAAGCCGCCGAUGAAGAAGCAGGCGGUGAAGCGGCAUUAUCACAAGCACAACCUCCGGCAUCGCUACGAGUUCCUGGAGACUCUGGGCAAAGGCACGUACGGCAAGGUGAAGAAGGCGCGGGAGCGAUCCGGAAAGCUGGUUGCAAUCAAGUCUAUUCGGAAGGACAAAAUAAAGGAUGAGCAGGACCUUGUCCAUAUCCGAAGAGAGAUUGAAAUCAUGUCAUCCCUCAAUCACCCCCACAUCAUUGGUGUCCAUGAAGUAUUUGAAAAUAGUAGCAAAAUCGUCAUCGUAAUGGAGUAUGCCAGUAAGGGAGACCUCUACGACUACAUCAGUGAGCGCCAGAGACUGACAGAACAGGAGGCUCGGCACUUCUUCAGGCAGGUGGUGUCGGCUGUCUACUACUGUCACAAGAAUGGAAUUGUUCAUCGUGAUCUGAAGCUAGAAAAUAUCCUUCUGGAUGCAAACUGCAACAUUAAGAUUGCAGACUUUGGCCUCUCAAACGUCUUCCAGCAAGAUCGGCUGCUGCAGACCUUCUGUGGUAGCCCCCUCUAUGCUUCCCCUGAGAUCGUUAAUGGAAGGCCGUAUAAAGGACCUGAGGUUGACAGCUGGUCCCUUGGCGUGCUUCUCUACAUUUUGAUUCAUGGUUCAAUGCCUUUUGAUGGUCAUGAUUACAAGACACUGGUUAAGCAGAUCUCAAGUGGAGACUACAGGGAGCCCACCAAACUAUCAGAUGCCUGUGGCCUGAUCCGGUGGAUGCUAAUGGUGAACCCAGAGCGCCGAGCAACCGUUGAAGACAUUGCGAGCCACUGGUGGGUGAACUGGGGCUACAAGGUGCCUAUUGGGGAGCAGGAAUCACUGCGGGAGAAUGAAUCUCCCCUGGCUACAGUCGCAGAGUGGCUGCGCCGCUCCUCUAGGCCCCUGUUUGAGAACGGCUCCAAGGUGCGCUGCUUUUUCAAGCAACACCUCCCUGGUGCCACGUUGGAGAGGCAGCGCUCGCUCAAGAAGUCAAAGAAGGAAAACGAUGUAACACAUGCCCUGCAAGAGAUGGGCCAUCCUGCAGAGAACCCAUCCAAACCUAUCCUUAAGAGGCCCAAAGGCAUCUUGAAGAAGAGGAAUUCCUGUGAGAAGUCUCCCCCUCCAGUGUUGACAGCACCUCUUGAUGCACAAAAGGAGGACAGUCCUGCAUCAGUGGCUGAGCUGGCGCAUGUCUUGUCCUCUAGGGCUUUGGCCCACAAGGCAGAAGUUGUUGCAGCCACCCCUCCUGUACCCAAGAAGGGAAUUUUGAAGAAGCCCCAGAAGAGAGAGUCUGGCUAUUACUCUUCCUCGGAGCGUAGCGAAUCCACAGAUAUCUUGGACUCUGAAAAUGUGGACCUUGAUACCAAUGUCUUUGCUAGCUCACCCUCAUCUGCUCAGCCCCACAGCGAACCGUACACCGGACGGAAGGGCAUCCUCAAGCUCAAUGGCAAGUACUCUUCCAGCAGCACUGAAUCUGACGGUGUGCCUGCUAAGGUUUUCUCCACAUUUGCUGAGGUUGACUUGCCCAGACUCUCCCUAACUUCCCGUACUCGUCCAUCCAGUGCAGCGAGUGAAGAAAGCAUUCUUUCCUCGGAGUCCUUUGACCAGCUUGACUUGCCUGAUCGAAUGCCAGGGAGUGAAGAAGCAGCCUCCAUGCGGGCAUCUGUGUCUGUAGAUCACCUCCUGCAGCUGGAGGAGAGAGACAAGGGGGAGACGGGGGGUCGCCGACUCCGCCGCUGGACAGUCACUCAGUGCCAAAAGCCUGUUGUGGAGAGCUGCUUCUCUCUGGCAGAUUGUGACGAUGUCACAGAGGUCCACAAGCGGCCAGUGGCAAUGAGCAUGAAACUGAGCUGAGGCAUCUGCCAUGGUGAGGCAUGGGAGAUUUUCACUCAUCAGUGCGCCCUUCCGCAGAGAGAGGCGCUUCACAGUGGUGACUCUGCUCAGAAGAGUUGACAGUGUCCAGAUCAUUUGCACUUCUCUUUGGGGGUGAAUGAGAGAAUGUUGCAACACCCUGUGUCUUCUUCUGGUUGGGCUGGAAGUACACCGAGCUAGAGAUAUUUAUUUUGUCACAUUCUCAGUGGACUCUUCUGGAAUGUCAAGAGGAGGCGGCUCAUGUUUCAGCAGCGUCUUGUCAACUCAUACUACAGGGUACAGGCGUGUGUUUGGAGAGAGAGAAAAGCAUGUUGUUAGAAAGCUUGUGGAUGUAGGAAAUGAGUAAGGGGCAGUACAGUGGGGCAGGAGAAACUGGGGAGGAACGGAAUGGCAUCUGUUGACUGUGGGGCAAUGGGUUAAGACUGAUGCAAAGAAAAUGCCAAACCUGUCUUCCCCCAGCAUCCCCAGCAAAGAGACACUGAGUUGAAGACUUAAAUGACAUGGACCCUGAGCCCUUCAUCUCUCCAAACAGACCCUGGUGAUCAUCUCUAAUCCUAGUGACUAGAGUGGUUAUUUUCUUUGCACUGUGCUGCUUUAAUUGCACAAAAGAUGGGACAGAGGUUAGGAAUGCCUCUGAAGCAGAAUGAGGAUUGGGAAAGGUAAUGGCUGACAAACGAGAUUUCCGGCUUGUUAGAGACUAUCUGCACUACUCAUUUAGGUGGGUUUGGAGUGAUAAAGUAUCCUGGUAUUCUGUGCCGUGGCUUGAAGGUGGGGUGGGAUAGGGGUUUUCCUAACAGAAUUCUCAGCAUCUUACAUAAAAUCAAAGUGCCACACUUCUCUAGAUAAGCCAUGGUAGUUAACUGAAAAACCAUGAGCAGUUGGUCCUUAGGAAGUCAGAUACCACCUGUUGAGAACUGGAUGCAAUAAUGGCACCCAAGAGUCUGAGAUCUUUCUCCACCAUCCUGUCAGCUUUGGUUCAUGUACUGAGGAGAUAACAAGAACACUUUCCUUUGGUUUGUAUGUACAUUCUACUCUGCAAUUUUUAAAUUCAAGAUGGCUUAAGAGUACUACUCUGCAGCUCCCCAGAAGAUGUUGGGCUAAAGUUUUGCAGAAGGAAGCUUUUUCCCAGGGCUACCAAAUUUGCAGUACCUGUUAGUAUCUCCUCAGACAAUGAGUCUUGUUUGAUGCUUAAAUGGAAAGUGGUUGGAGAUGAAACAUUACAUUAGAAUGCCGAAUAGAAGCCCUUUACAGACAUGAGGUGGAGACUGGGAGAUGGAUUUAACAUCUUAGAAAGGGCAGGCUUGAAAGAAGUGGGCAUCUAGUCCUUGCAAAAUGAUACAUGUAUGUGCCUUUAAAAAUAAAUUAUGGAAUGGAGCUUGGAUCUAAGGAAGUUCAUAGAAGAAAAGCCUUCCUCCCACAUCAUUCCACAGCCCCCAAAGCUAUCUGACAAGCCUCUCUGGAAUUUAGGAUGGGCUCCUGAAAAAUGUUGGAUGGGGCUAGUGGAUUGAGGAUAGGAAAUGUUCAUCAAGUUCCUAAAGCUAAUUUACCUUAAGAUCCAAGCUUUUGCGCAUUGCUUGGAUGUAUCUUGUCACGAUGUGGAUUUUCCCUCCCUUGAGUAUUUAAAAAUACUGCCUUCUAAAUAAUAUGAGCUAUUCAACAAAUUUGGGGGAAAUCUUGUUAAAGAGUGUAUGUUUUGUUAAAAAAAAAACAACUGUGGUAACCACAAAUCAGAGGGAAAGUGAUUUGCAAAACAUUUCCAUCUUGUUACACUUACAGGUUUCAAAUACAUGUUGCACUAUCUUGCCAUGGUCUUCUCUGGUUGGCUUUCCAAGCUCUGAUGUUUUUCAUCCAGAGAAGUUAAUUUAAACUAAGCAAAAUGAGA